AGAUGCUUCGUGAAAUAUUUAGCAUUUAAUUGAAAUUUUGCGCACAAGUGAUAACGUCAGACAAAUUAGAACGCAAGACGGAAACCCGUUUCUAAUUUCUUGGGAAAUUUAACUUUUUUAUCUUAACAACUUUAUUUUUGAGUCCGCGAGUAAAUAGAAACAAAAGUAGUCAACAUGGUGAAAUUACUGGAUAAAGUAUGUUGCAUGAGUCUUCGCACGGCUGGUUUAGUUAUAGGCUGGCUUAAUGAGGUGGGAUGCGCAAUAGCUUUCAUUGUAUUUGCCUAUGUAAUAGGCUAUUCUGAUACAGUCGCUGAUUACCUCUUGCGGAUGUGGCAUAUUCCUAUUAAUCAAAAAUCUCAUGCUGAAGUUAAUUCAAGUGUUGUCCUGUUUGUCAGCAUUUACAUAGUUGCUGUGUUAAUCAGUGCUGUGCUAUCAGGUUUGCUCAUCUGGGGUAUUAAAAAGAAUCGCCCUUCGAUGAUUUUGCCCUGGGUGAUCGUUAAUGGUAUUGGCAUAGUUGGUAAAAUUUUAAACUUAUUCGGUGCUAUAUAUGGCUUGCUCGCAGGUGCAACCGGCGGUAUUGAAAGGUUCUUCUUAUCACUGUUGGCAUUCGUCAUUUACUUCUAUGCAUUUUGGGGUAUCUUCUCACUCUACAAGCAUAUGCAAAUACACAAGAUUACUGGACACUCUCUGUAGAAGCUUGCCGAAUCCUCUUCGAAUAUCAGUUUGUCGACUUUAUAAUUAUAUCGAAUAUAAACAUUCCUGCAUAUAAACGUUUGAUUAUUUGCCUAUAAGUACUUGUUAUAUAAUGUAUUUAAACAAAUUGUAUUCGCUUCAUAUUAUACUCGUACAUUAUUAUUAAC